AUGGGAAACUGCAUGUCUUUCAUUAGUUACUCGAAAUUUAAAUUUAAAAAAAAAAAGUACGUGCAGUCGGAUGUGGAUUCCAACCCUGAGUACGAACGAACAGCUGAUAGUAAUGCGUACAGUACAAGUGAAAAGAGCCGAAGAGGGAAUAUCCCUGGAGGACACGCGACUGUAUACAAUCCCAUCUGGGGUAGCCACAGCUUUAAUGGAGACCAUAAGAACGGUUUAAAGUAUGAGCACUCCAAAACCCCCAGUGAUAAUGACAAAAGCGAUGAAGAAAUGGAUAAGGAACGUAGAGCUAAUGAGCAUAUUAGCAACUCCUCCAGUGACCAAUCCGACAUGUUGAUGAUAAACGAUAAAGGCAAAAGGAAAGGAAAAAAGAAGUUUAAAAGGAGAAGCGAAGUUGAUUCAAUGGAAAAACACUCAAGUGAAGCAGAUAAGGAUGAAACCAAAUCGUAUAUGAAUGGAAAAAUACAACUGGACAAAUCCAAGGGGAACAGUAAGAAAGAGGUUUCACAAAGUGGUUCCUCCAGUGAUGAUAAUGCAAAAGAAAAUGGAACGUAUAAUCAUCAUGUAGAAGCACCUUCGAGAAAAAAUUCAUCAUUUUAUAGCAACUUAAUUAAUAACAAUGAUCUGUACAAAAAAAAUAAAAGAGAAAAUUUACUGAACAUAAAAUAUAGCAAUAUGAUUUUAAACGACAUAAGAGAUGUCGAUAUUAUUGUCGUUUUCCUGUUUAGCUUGUUCCUCUACUUCAAUGCUAAUAAUAUAGUGGACAUGCUAGAUCCAAAUAAAAAGGAUAGAUAUGCCCUGAGGAAUUCUUUGAAUAUAAAUCAUGACAUUAUGAAAUUCCCAACUUUUCCGAAAGAAAUUGUAGAUAGUUUUUUAAAAAACGAUUUUACCUUGUUAAGAAAGUAUAUAAAAAAUAAAUGCAAUAAGUUGAAGAAAAAGUAUAAGAAUACCUAUCUGAAAAAGGUGAUGCCGAGUGACGAAGACCGGAAAGGUGAACAACAGAAUGGUGAAAAGAAUAAGAAGGAGGAAAAAUUUGUGAAAAAGAAAAACUUUAAAUACGAAUUGAAGAGGAAAAAGGAAAAAUGUUCCUUUUCUAAAAUUGUCGAAUCAGUUGAUAGGAAUCAGUGGAUUAAAAGAGACAUUACAGAAAUACCAUGUGAUCAGAAUUUACCUGAUCUUAAUAUAACGUUCAUCGUUAUGGGGGCAUACUGCUUGUACCAGAAAAAUACGAAACCAUUUCAAGAUAAAAAUACAUUUUUUUAUAAAUCCCCUUCUUACACAUGUGAUGCUGAAAUAUCUGUUGCAUGUAAGAAAGGAAGAAAAUUAGAUUUCCCUAACCAAGAUGAUUUUACUAUUAUCCAAACCAAUGAAUGGAUAUUAAUUAUGGUCUUCGAUGGACAUGGUCCAUCAGGACAUGACAUUAGUAAUUUUGCUCAUGUCGUCCUUCCUCUUCUCUUCUCAUAUAACAUUGAAAGAAUAUUUGAAAAUCCUGUGCGCACUAUGAAAACCUUAUUCUAUAUGAUUAACUGCUACUUGGUUAAUUAUUCCUACUGCAUUAACAAUAAUAUAAAUCCUAUCAACAUAAAUUUCAUCGAUUAUAAUUUAAGUGGAACCACUUGUACCAUCAUCCUGUACAAUUUUCAGACCAAAAAAAUUUACUCCGCUCAUACAGGUGACAGCAGAGCUGUUAUGGGAAAGCAAAAUCUACAGACCAAUGCCUUUAGGGCAUAUAAUAUUACUGAGGAUCAUAAGCCAUCCUUAAAAUUAGAGAAAGAUCGAAUUGUUGCUUUUGGAGGGGAAGUGAAAAAGUUGCAAGGAGAUGUCUCUUAUAGAGUUUUUGUCAAAAAUGAAAUGUAUCCAGGAUUGGCCAUGAGCAGAGCCAUCGGUGAUAUUACAUCCUCCUUCAUUGGGGUUACUUGUGAACCCACCAUCAAAAUUUUCGAUAAAUCAGAGGAGGAUAAGUUCAUUAUCGUUGCCACAGACGGCAUUUGGGAAUUUAUAAGCAGUGAGGAGUGUGUCCAGAUGGUUUCCCGCAAGCGCAAGAAAAAGGUGCACGUUGCUAUGGAGGAAAUUAUCAAGGAGUCAUGGAGAAGGUGGGAGAGGAUCGACACCGUCGAUGAUAUGACGUUGGUAAUUUUAUACUUUUGA